AUGAAUGACAUGAACGAGGGACCUGCUCGCCUGAUGAACCUCCUAAGCGAAGGGUAUCUAGAGGCAUACAACACGGCGACGUUCCAGCUAUCGCAAAGGUUUAACCGGGCGGAAUAUAUUUUGACGGCAUCCGGAAAUAAGGUCAGUAGGGACUCCAUUCUGUGCGGCAUGAAAAAUAUCCAUAUGUUGGGGAAGUCCAUUAUAAAAAGCGGAGCCAUGUUGAGGGGGGACUUGAGUAGCCUCUACUUUGGAAAGUAUGUCAUAGUCGGGUCGAAGACGCUCAUCUGUCCGUGCUUCCUGCAGGGGAGGGAGGACCCGCAAAAGGGGGAGAGCGGCCAAGGCGAACAGAGUAGCGGAAGUGGGAGAAGUAACCCAAUCGAUCGAAGCAACCCAAGUGAUAGAAGCAAACCAAGCGACCGAAGCAAACCAAGCGAUCGAAGCAACCCAAGCGACGAGCCGACCAGCAGCUCAUACGUAACCCUAACCAUCGGCGACCAUGUCUACAUCGGGAACGAAUGCAUCAUCAAGGCGGCACUCAUUGGAAGCAACGUCGUCAUAGGGAACAACUGUGUGGUUGGGGAGCGAGUAGUAAUCAAGGACAAUGUAGUUAUAAAGGACAACACGUACAUUCCAAACGACACCAUCAUAGCCUCCUUUGCAAAGUACGCAGGGUGCCCCGCCACCUACGUGAAAAAACUGCCUGAAUCGGCUCAGACCUAUUUGAAAGACAUUUCGUACCAACACUACAAAAACUUCGUCCCAGCGAGUUAA